AUGAGUGGGAUGGAUGAUGCUCGGCAGUCGAGGAAGCAAAUCAUGGCCUCUCUCUUCGGUGCUCAGUGUACCGAUUGGCCCUUUCCAGAAGAAUCUCUUACGCAGGCGCUCGAGUUCAAAUCACAACAGGAGAAGACAAAACAGCAAUACUACAGGCUAGAAAGCGUUAACAAAUCUAUUGAAUUACUUAAAACUGCCAUGAAUGCCAAUGUCCCCGGGCAUAUGAUACCACAGCUUUUUCAGGGCGUGGGAGGAGAUCUAAAUCCAACCCAAGAUUCCCUACCUACAAUCGAUAAACUCCCUCAAGUGAAAGUUACCUCGAAGGCAACGGACUCCGCUCCGCUUAACUAUCGAUUUCCAGCCCCAACGAAAAAUACGGUUAUUGAUACGCGGCAUAGAAGAACUAAUUCACCGGCUAGGAUAGGCGCUGCCGCAGUUGCCGUACUCACGGAGAACAAUCAUCUAAAAGAGGAGGAAAGCGCGGAAAUUCCGGAGCCCAGUCGAGCAGAACGUUCCCCAUUACAACUCCGAUCCCACAGAAGGAAUCUUUCUCUUCCUAUUGCACGGCCUAACGCAGUUCAACCGGAUCACCCUAUACCCUAUACGGGAAGGAAGCAGCAACAUGCUAUGACAUCUGUAUUAAAUUUUGGAUCUUGGCAGAAUUUCAGUCCACCUGCACCAACGAUUGCCAAGAAGCCUACUGGUGUAAUAAGAAAGCAUCGUAAGACCAAGUCUGCGAAUACAAUUCCUACAUUUGGCGUGAUAGAUUUAAACGUCAUUAAUCAAGUAAGGUUACCUGAACUAUCCAAAGACGAUCACUACCUGCCGCAUCGUAAUAAUUCUGGUGAGAAUAAAAAUGAUUCGGACGAUCAAAGGACCUGCAGCGAACAUAGUAGUAAAGAAAGCACACCAUUGGCACAGGUGUCAAAGGGCCCAAACUUCGCGAAUAAUUUGCUCAAUAGCUAG